UCAAAAAAUUAUCAUACAUCAUGAAAUCUCUUACCAUCUCUCUAUCAUUCAUAUUUAUUAUCAUAUCGACGUGCUCGUUGGCAGCUUAUGCCAAUGAGCGCGACGAUUUUCUCCAAUGUCUCUCUCUCGAGACCCGAAAUUCCUCCAUUUCCAACGUUGUCUACACGACAAACAACACAUCGUACACUUCCGUCCUUCAAUCCUCCAUCCAAAAUAGGAGAUUCGCUUCUGAGUCAACUCCUAAACCACACGUGAUCAUAACCCCGCAACACGAAUCCCAAAUCCCACCUAUCAUAUCCUGCGCCAGACAAAGUGGUCUGGAAAUCAGAAUCCGAAGCGGGGGCCACGACUAUGAGGGACUAUCUUACGUAUCCCAAGUCCCGUUCGCGGUCAUCGAUUUGAUCAAUUUCAGCGAAGUCACGGUCAACGCCGAGGAAAAAACCGCGUGGGUCGAAUCCGGCGCAACAAUCGGAACCUUGUACUACAGGAUUGCAGAAAAAUGCCCGGUCCUCGGAUUCCCGGCCGGCCUAUGCCCGACUGUCGGCGUCGGCGGCCAAUUCAGCGGCGGCGGCUACGGCAUGAUGGUCAGAAAAUUCGGGAUCGCCGCGGAUCAUGUCAUCGAUGCGAGAAUAAUCGACGCAAACGGCAGAAUCCUUGACAGAAAAUCAAUGGGCGAGGAUCUGUUCUGGGCCAUCAGAGGCGGCGGAGGCGCCAACUUCGGCGUAAUCAUUUCCUGGAAAGUACAACUAGUGGAUGUUCCAGAAAAAGUAACUGUAUUCACAGUGGACAGGACACUGGAACAGAACGCUACUCAACUGUUCCACCGCUGGCAAAACGUGGCUCCUCUAAUUAACCGGGAUUUGGGGAUUGGACUCUACUUAUACCCAUUGAAUUCGACGGUUCAAGCUACAUUUUUCUCUCUCUUCCUCGGCGGCGUCGAGAGAUUACUUCCAAUGAUGCAAGAAAACUUCCCUGAAUUAGGUCUGGUAAGAGAAGACUGCUCUGAGGUAAGCUGGAUUGAAUCCGCGCUAUUCUUCGCACAGAUCACCGGAUCAUCACCCGAUAAUCAGGAUCCGCUCCGAGCUCUGCUCAACAGAACACAGAACAACGUCAGACACUUCAAAACAAAAUCGGAUUUCGUACAAAAACCGAUCCCUGUGUUCGGGAUAGAAGGCAUCGUGAGAUUGUUAUUGGAACCAGAAGCGAGUGAGGGCCUCGUGUUCAUGAUUCCGUACGGCGGAAGAAUGUCAGAAAUAUCCGAAUCCGAGACUCCAUUUCCUCAUAGGAAAGGUAAUUUGUACAUUCUUGCUAGCACGGUGUAUUGGGACGACGGCGAUGUGGCGGAGAGGUACAUGAGUUGGAGCAGAAGGUACUACAGUUACAUGGCUCCGUAUGUUUCGAGGUCUCCGAGGGCUGCAUACCUCAACUACAGAGAUCUCGACAUCGGAGUCAAUAACCCUAAUGGAAAGACCGGUUAUGCACAAGCGAGCGUUUGGGGUAAGAAAUAUUUCAAGGGCAAUUUCGAUCGUCUUGUUCGUGUGAAAACUGAAGUUGAUCCGGAAAAUUUCUUCAGAAACGAACAGAGCAUUCCCGCCCUGUAUUUCAAGUGAAUUAAGAAAGGGAGUUAGUGUUUUUGGUAAUGCAUUGUAGUAUCCCAUUGUUUUGUUUUAUAGUGUUAUUGAUAUUGUGUACGUCAUUAUUUCUUUUAUUAUAUUGUAGUAAUAAGUUGGUUGACAUACGAUAGUUAUAUAGUAGUACUACUACUAUUUUGAAUUUUCAAGCACACCUAAAAAAAAUGUACUACUUUCACACGCAAAAUUAUUGAAUGGUUAAUUGAAUCUUCGUUUA